UUCUGUCAGUGCUAAUGACAUUUAUUGGGAUGUCAUCUAUGAUGUCCGGCAUUUCUCGUAUACAUCUCGUAUUGCGAGCAACAUAGCGUGUCCAGCGGCGAGAGAAUGUGUGACUGUUCUUCGUACGAUCGAUUGUGGCCGAAGCGGAUAACGACUUAUAUCACGAUCGAACAUUUUCGUCGACUCUGUGUGCCCUCAGCCCACUCGACCGUUCCUUGGAUCUCCUCGCCGAGUAUUUUCCUCACGCAUGCUCUCGAUCUCAUUGUCACCGAUAUAACUACUGCGAGCGAACAGUUGAAUCUUCGCCGUUGCCACUAUCUCCAUAACUCUCUGCGCUAUCAAGUGUAACCGAUCGUACCGUGAAAAAUGUUAAAGGAUUGUUUCGCGACGGUAAAAUCGAGCCUUUUAUCGAUGCACGUAAUCUAAAAAACGCACUUCAUUGUUCGUAUUGACAUCGACGAAGUAUGUGAAGUUACUUGGUAUUUAUAACCUUGGAUUUUUAAAGAAUUUUUCAGUAAUUUGCGAUCAACACAUCCGAGAUAAGUCCUUGAUUAAUAUUCCGUCGACGAAAAAUUGUUUUGUUAAAUCACCGAUAUCUUCAAGAAUACAAAUUCGACCGAGUUUUUUUAAAACAAGGGAAUAGAAGGAAGACCGGUAAUUGACCAGGUACUUUUAGUAUUUCAAAGAAAAGAAAUGCGCAGGACACGAAUGACACAAAGCAAAAUAGAUCAAGAUAUGAAGAGAUUUAACUGAAUCGAAUAAAAACUAUUUUACUGUUGAAAAGCAAGGAUCUUGCCGAAGAAAAAAAAAGAACAAAGGGCAACUGCGAAUUCGGCAUGAACCGUGGCAAAAGUAGAAUCUACUCAAAAACGUUAGGUGGGGUGGUGGAGGCAUGGAAGCUGACCAACCAUCUCUUCAGAGGCUCUUUAGGAGCACCUUACCAUCACCGAGAGUACCCGGAUUAGACGUCGUAAGAACUUUACAUCAAACAGUCGUGUCACUGCGCUCGGCUCUGGACUCAUCGCGCGAGGAGCUCCGGCGACUGCAAGAGAGUGUCGGGAAUUUUUGCGGCGAGAGCUACGUUGAUGUGGUGAGCCGUUUAGCCCUCGAAAAUUAUGUGCUCAGACGAAAGAUUCUUAGGAGCUACGAAUUCUCGUGCGAUGCAGCAACUAGCCCCCCAUUUCAAUCGAGACACGUUCAACUUGUAAAAAUCCACAUGAACGAAUUGACAAAUCCUGAGAAAACUACUAUGGAUGUGUCCAAGAAGAUUGCUACUGAUGCUCAGAACUUUAAUGAACCAAUAUCCGAACACAACAACGUUAGUAGCAGCAACAACUAUAGUCCUGAUUCAUCUUCUCGUGCUGGCCAAUCCGACAAGUUCCAAGAUUCAUCGAAAUGUUCGAAAAUCACAGUUACCAAAGAUAUAAUCGAUACCAAAAUUACCGAGGCGGCGUCCGCGAUGCUGAAUGUUUCUCGUAAUGAGAAUCACAAAUCUCUUUCAACUUUGACAACGAAUGUGACUAACAACGAGGAAGAGUCCCGAAUGGAAAUCUCAGAUACCACACGCUCCACUCGGCGAGAGCCGAGUCCAUCCGAAACAAUCCGAAGUGAAACCGAAUCGUCUCGAAGCACGCAUCACACAGUCGGUAACAGCAGGGAUUAUCCGCACCGUCCGUUCUCGCGCCCACAGGCCAAUCCUGAUAUGUGGACGUCCUCGACCACGCAGUCAGAAAGACAGACAGACAGAUCAAAUCAACAGACAGAUAAACAGACAGAUCAGAUCAGCAGACAGAUAAACAGACAGAUCAGAUCAGCCGGCAGAUAA